GCCCAUCUCCACGCUCGGGUGGGAAUUAUAACUCUGACUUUGCACUUCCUCAACAUCCUACCAAUCAGCAGCAGCAGCAGCAGCAGCAACAACAACAUCCAACCAGCGCCAACUCGAAUCUAGUUGGAACCCACCCUCCUCUGAAUAUCUCAGUGCUAGUGACCGAGGUCGAUCGCGUAGGAAUAGGCUAGCCACCGAUCCAGGUUCAGUCCUCACUCCCUCCCCCUCUCCCAUUCCCUCAUCAACAUCCGCGACGCGUCAUCCUGCCGUAUGGAACGGCGACUUCGGCCUCCCUCGUGCUCCCGCUCCUGGAAACCUUGGCAGCGCACUCACCAGGAAAACGUCGAUGGCCACUAAUUCCUCCAGCUCUUCUUCCGGCGCUGCGACCCCUCCCGCCGUUCCGGUCUCUCAGACCUCCUUAUUCUUGAAAACAUCAGACCAUCGUAGGGCGCCUAGUUUGAAUAGUACUUCCAUCGGCUCUAACUCCAAACCGAUCUCGAUCGUCCCCUCACCUGGUAAUAAUAACCCUUCUUCUAGUAAUACAGUGGCCAGUUCGAGUCCUACCAGUACAGGAUCGCCUAGUCGUGGUCUGAACACGGGAACAUUACCUGGAAGCAAUCCAGUCGGAUUAACAUGCAUUCUAGAGGACGGUACAGCUGGGAAUUUGGGUGGAGAGAAUGGGAGUGGAAGAGGAGGAGGAGGAAUGGGAGAGAUCUAUGGGGCAGCAGGGCCGAGGGAGAUAGGAUUCAAAGUAGGAAGAGGAGGGUUUGGAAGACCUACGACAGCAGCUGGAACGGUAGGUGUAGUAGCCGGAACGACUUCACAAAUUGGACCAGUUUGUCAACCCACUUUGGAUGAAGUCAUCCGUAAGACUAUCAAAGUCACCCUCGCCGAAAAUGGGAUCAUGAAAACUAUCAACGUCGAAAACCUUAAAUCCGCUGUCGAUCUCCUCGAUCGUGUCCUUCGUAAAUUCGGUAAUAUCAAUGCCUCUGGGCAAGCUUCGGCCGGUCGAUCCGUUAAUCUCGACGAUUGGGCUCUUUCUCCCAUGCCUCUCAAUGCUGUACCUGGAGAACUCAAUUGGGGUACUAUUAAACAAUUAGAUGAAAAUGAAUUAUUGGAAUUAUGUAGGACGACCAAUCGGCCAGAACGACAGAGAGGACUAUUGUUACAUUAUGUAGCAACUGGAAAACGAGCAAAUCGGAAGGCAGCCUCGCCGUACUUCGGGGCAGAAGAGAUAGUCGUCUCGGGGGUAUCUCCGACGAUGUCGCCAACAAUAGCAGGCUCAUCGCCGACCUUAUCGGCGCAUCAGCAAUCUAAGCAAGAGAUCAGGGAGGGUGGCGAGCCACUGACCGGGGCAGAUGAGGGCGGAAGCAUGGAGGGCAAGACUAAGCCCGACAUUCCGGCCCCCCGGAAAACUCGUAAUCGGGCUAGCGUCGUCAGUGUCAUGUCGGGAUUGAUGAUCGAUCCUUCUCGUCAUUCAGAACCAUUACCUCCGGAUUAUCAAGCCUCGCUCCAACAACAUGGCUCACAUAAUCAUCAUCCCGAGGAUGGAGUUUCUGGCGGUACUGCUGCUGGAGGAGGAGGAGAAAGAGUAACAAGUCUGUUGGCCAGCGGACGUGGCAAAUUGCGUAACUUCUUCGGCCAUCGUCCUCCUUCAGAAAUCAUCUCAAAUCACUUGGUCGAUUAUUUUCCUUCGGUCGAGAACAAGAAACAUCUCUCCAAAACUGUCCGGCAAUCCGUCCGGAAAUCGAUGGCGAUCAGAAGGUCCAGUCAAUUCUCCAAUAAUAACAAUCUGCCUGGUGGUGGUGGCGGUGGUGGUAAUGGAGGGAGAACGACGAGUUGGGAUAUGUCCUCUUAUCCGUCUCUUCCAUUACAACCUCAACAACAAAAUCAUCCUGGACGUUUAUCGACCGACUCGAAUCGGUCGACUCAUAUUACGGCCUCCAAAUCCUUCGAGGAACGCAGUUCACCUCACAUCUCGAUUGCUGAUUUCUCAGAGACUAGUGAACCAAUGGAUCGAUCACGAGCGUCGUUGGAUACUCUGAAUUCCUUGCCGGAUCCAGCGAUCUCUAAUAACCGUCUUUCGACCCGGAAACAACGCGACUCUGACCUGACGUCGAUUCUUACAUUGGAUGAAGUGACGGCUGAGGUGGAGAAUCGAAGACUUAGUAUCAUGGCCCUCGGGGUUCCCGGACUCCUUCCGAGCAAAUCUUCAUCUUCUUCAGUCAGUGAUUGGGGAAGCUUGUCCGGUUUAUUGACUUCCAAGAAUCCUUCGGACCCCGUUCUUUCUUCGACCGAUGACCCAUCUAACGAGCUCGAUGAUCGUCAUUCUCAUCCGGCUGGUGGUCAUAAACCGGCACCGACGAGACGGUCUUUGAGCUCUACUAGAAUCCAGGACCCCAUUUUGGAGGAGAAUGAGGCCUCUGAUACCCUUAAACCGGAUGGUCGUGUUGAUCAAGAUCAAGACAAUCAAGAUGAAGAGGAUGAAGAGGAUGAUGAGGAUGAUGAGGAGGAGGAUGAUGAGGAAGAUGAGGAAGAUGAUGAUGACGAUGACGAUGAUGAUGAUGACGAAGAUGAUGAGGAUGAUGAUGACGAAGAAAAUAAAGACGCUAAUGACGAUCCUCAGAAAAUGACUUCUAGUGGAUCUAAAGCGUCGAUUAAGUGGGUCAGAGGGGCUUUGAUUGGGCAAGGAAGUUUCGGAAGUGUAUAUUUGGGUAUGCAUGCAUUAAAUGGGACAUUAAUGGCAGUCAAACAAGUCGAACGACCGAGUGGAACGUCACACAAUGAAGAAAGGAAGAAGUCGAUGUUGGGAGCCUUAGUACGAGAGAUCGAGUUUUUGAAAGAAUUACAACACACGAAUAUCGUCCAAUAUCUAGACUCUUCAGCCGACAAUGCGUUCUUCAAUAUCUUCUUGGAAUAUGUUCCCGGAGGCUCGGUGUCAACUUUGCUCAAGAAUUACGGAUCCUUCGAGGAGGCCUUGGUUAAUUCGUUCACCAGACAGAUCCUCGAUGGACUUAUCUAUCUCCAUUCUAAGGAAAUCAUCCAUCGCGAUAUCAAAGGCGCCAAUAUUCUCGUCGAUAAUAAGGGCGUCAUUAAGAUCUCUGAUUUCGGGAUCUCGAAACGAGUUGAAGAUAAUUUGUUAUCGACUGCAAGGAUUCAUAGACCUUCGUUACAAGGAUCGGUCUUCUGGAUGGCCCCUGAAGUGGUCAAGCAGACUUCUUAUACGCGCAAAGCCGACAUUUGGUCCCUAGGUUGUUUGAUCGUCGAGAUGCUUACUGGUGAACACCCUUGGGCUAGUCUUACUCAGAUGCAAGCUAUCUUUAGGAUCGGUUCAUUUGCUACACCUGAAAUCCCUGAUGAUAUUUCAGAAGAAUGUAUCGAUUUAUUGAAACAAACUUUCUUAAUUGAUCAUCAUGCGAGACCGACGGCUAUGGAGCUUUCGAACCAUGCAUUUUUCCGUUCCGAAGAAGGAGGAGGCGGAGUUGUCGGGAAAUCAGAGACAAGCGUUGAGAAGGGCGGGGCGAAUCGAGAGAAAGAGGGCGAAGGAGAGAAGAAAGAGCAAGUCCAAGAGGCUCAUGAAGCGGAUGAAUCUAGAGGAAAAUCAGAGGAAGAAGGAGGUGGUGGAGCGGUUGAUGGAGAGAAAGAGCUUGAGGUCUCCGAGGAUGGCAAGACUGAUACCGACUCGAUCAUCGAGAACGAGGCGCGCUGUUUGGUCGAUGAAGCUAACCUGGAACUCUCUAGACGCAAAUCGGCUCUUGCUAAUCAAUAACUUUCUCCUCCUCUCGUCCUUCUUUGAACUUUCCUUUUUUCUCUUUAUCUCUCUUCUUCUCUCUUCUUUCUUACCAUCCUUUCCUUCUGAUCUGGUGAUUUAUCCCCCUUGUUCUUGGAUCCUAUCUCCCCCCCCCCCUUCUUUUCUCUCUUCUUCUUGCUCGUCUCUCUCUCAGCUUUUCUUUCCUCAUUAUUGAUCUUUUCAACUCACAUAAUUCGCAAGAUUGUUUUUUUGUUUUUUUUUGGUAUUGUUUGUACUUCAAAAAAAAAAAUUCAUACCCUCUAGUUAACCAACUCGAUGUCCAUCCAUUCAAAAACAAAAAAAAAACAUCUUUUUUUCUCUCUCUUUCUCUUUCUUUCCUCACCUCUCUCUUUUUUGAAAACUAAUCAAGCAAAAGAAGUGUAAAAAAUUGUGUUGUUUGUUUGUUUCUUGUAAUUAUUGCAGACUUUGAUAUGUAAAUAUACUUUUUCUUUCUUCUCAAUCUUCCUCUUGUAAAUAGCUUUCUGUUUUUUUUUGCUGUUGUUUCCUUGUUAAUAUAAUAGACAUUUUUUGUGUGUGUGUGUUUUGGUC